CGGAGGACGGAGCAGGUGAGGUGGAGAACAACUCCGUCUCCUCUGACCCACCAGCUUUGACUCCUCUACCAGCUGACCUCUCAACGCUAUGGGGAAGAACCGGAUACUUGUAGGACCCUGCCUUUUUCUCCUGGGCCUCUUCCUCCUUCCCGGGGGCACCACAGCAUCGACCCCAAAACCGCAAUAUCUGGUUUUGGUCCCUGUCGUUGUCCCCACGGAAACCCCCAGGCAGAUCUGCGUCCAGCUGAACCACCUGAAUGAGUCCGUGACGCUGAGCAUCACCCUGGAAUACGGCUUGCAGAACAGGAGCCUCCUAAGGGAAGAAGUCUCCAAGAAAGACCUGUUCAAGUGCAUCGAGUUCCAGCUCCCCAAAUGGGAAACGUCCUUCAACUCCCACAUAGCACUUUUCACAGUGGAGGUAACAGGAGCAACCCUGAGGUACCUAAAUCGGAAAAGAGUAUAUAUCGACAACCAGGAGAGCCUCCUCUUUGUUCAGACCGACAAACCCAUCUACAAGCCAGGACAAAAAAUUCUGUUUCGUGUUGUCUCUCUGAAUGAGGAAUUCCUUCCAGUAACCAGGAAGGUCUCCUUGAUCUACAUCGAGGACCCCAAGAGAAACCGGUUGUUCCAGUGGAAAGAUGUCGAACUGAACGGGGGUCUGGUCCAGCUUGAAUUUCCCCUGUCUUCCGAGCCCGCCUUAGGCACCUACAAAGUGGUGGUUCAGAAGGAUUCUGAAAGAACGGUUCAACAUUCCUGCACGGUGGAGGAAUACGUGCUGCCCAAGUUUAAAGUUGUUGUGAAGGCCACCCCAACUAUAACAGUUCUGGACGACGAAAUUAAAGUCACCGUCUGCGGCACGUACACCUAUGGGAAGCCAGUUCCUGGUUUAGUCAGCAUGAGGGUUUGCCGGAGAUAUUCCUACUUCAGAAGCUCAUGUUAUGGUGAAGAGUCCAAAGCCAUCUGUGAGGAAUUCAGUGGAGAGGCGGACAUUCACGGCUGCUUCUCUCAUGACGUGAAUCUGAAAAUAUUCCAGUUGAAGAGAAAUGGAUUUGAGAUGGAGAUCCGUACCGAGGGCGUAAUCACGGAAGAGGAGACAGAGGUGGUGCUGACAGGCUCAGGUACCACGCAGAUAACUUCAACUAUCAGCGCCGUUUCCUUUGAAAAUGUGGACUCUUACUACAAACCUGGACUUCCUUUAUCUGGGGAGAUUAAGCUUGUGGACGGCAAAAGAAACCCGCUAGCGAACAAGACCAUUGAGCUUCAAAUAUCAGAAGUACAGAACAAUUCCUUCUACAAGACUGAUGCUGAGGGACGAGUCCACUUUUCCAUAGAGACUUCCAGCUUCACAAACAAUAUCAUUCAACUCACUGCAACUUAUGAAAAAGUAACUCAAUGUUAUGAUUCAAACUGGAUCACCCCUCAACACAACACUGGCUACUUCUCAGUACCACGUUUCUAUUCUCCAAGUCAAAGCUACCUCAAAAUUCAACAGCUUCCUGGCACACUAAACUGUGGGCAACAUGCGGUCGUCCCGGUCCAUUACGUUCUCAAUUCAGAGGUCAUAAAGGACAAAGAAGUUGUCUUUCACUACUUGGUGGUGGCCAGAGGGAAUAUUGUGAAGACAGGUACACAUCCCUUGAAAGAAAAGCACAAUAAAGGAACAUUCAACUUGGAUCUCCUUGUGGAUAUCAAGAUCGCUCCUUCGGCCCGCUUGCUUGUGUACACAAUUUUGGAUAACGGAGAACUUGUGGUGCACUCUGCCAGGUUCCCUGUGGAGCCCUGUUUUGCAAAUAAGGUGGAGCUGCGAUUUGAUGAGCGUGAAGGCCUGCCCGGCAGCAACAUCAAUCUCCAUCUUGCCGCUGCCCAGAACUCCCUCUGUGGCAUCCACGCGGUUGACGAGAGCGUCUUCCUUCUGAAGCCUGAAGCUGAACUUUCCGCUCGAACGGUUUAUGAUCUGCGGCCUUGGAGAGACCUCUCGGGCUACUACUACAAAAGUGAGAACUUGGAAGACCCAGACACGAACCCCUGUGUGCCUUCCAAAAAGAUCAUUGUGGAUGGAAUUCGCUACCAGACUGAUACCUAUUCUUACAGUGAAGGUGACGCCUAUGCAAUUCUCAGGGACAUUGGUUUCAAACUGUUUACUAACGCCCAGAUAUACAAGCCUAAUAUAUGCAGCAGACCAGAACUGGAUAACUACCCCGGGGCCUACACCACCAUGGAAAGAGGUUUUGCAGUACCUCUUGCAGCUGCAGAUUUUAAAAUGGAAGACGCCAUGGAAACAUCCGUCCGAAGCUUCUUCCCAGAAACCUGGAUAUGGUCCUUAAAAUCUCUUGGCAGCAAGACUGAGCUCACCCUGCCCGUCACCGUUCCCGACACCAUCACAGACUGGAGAGCGGGAGCCUUCUGCUUGUCCCCAGCGGUGGGUUUCGGCCUGGCCCAAACCACCUUCUUCAAGGCCUUCCAGCCGUUUUUCGUUGAUCUCACCAUGCCAUACAGCGUAAUACGGGGAGAAGCCUUUACCCUGAAGGCCACCGUCUACAACUAUCUCAAACGCCCCAUCCAGGUCAGCCUAUCGCUAUUGCUUUCUCCCGACUAUGACGCUACCCCAACGGACAAGCAACAGGCUUCCUAUUGUCUGCCUGUGGACGGAAGGAAAACGGUCUCCUGGAACAUUAUUCCCAAAAGUCUGGGGGAAGUCAACUUCACAGUAACCGCAGAAGCCCUGAAAUCCACCCAGCUCUGUGGGAACGAAAUUCCGGAAGUGCCUGCCAAAGGACAAAGGGACAUCAUAAUCAAAACCCUCCUAGUCGAGCCUGAAGGAAUUGAGAAGGAAGCAGUCAUCAACAAUUUGCUAUGUGGAGCCCAAGACAGCCAAUCCACAGCUAUUUCCUUAAAGGUCCCAGAGAACAUAGUGGAGAAAUCUGCCAGAGCUUUCUUCUGUGUGUUGGGUGACAUCUUAAGCUCAGCCAUCCAGAAUGUGCAGCAGCUUCUCCGGUUGCCUUCCGGCUGUGGAGAACAAAACAUGGCUCUCUUGGCCCCCAAUAUUUACAUCUUGGACUAUCUGAACCAUACUGACCAGCUGACUGAGGAAACGAAGUCGAAGGCAAUUAGUUACUUAGUGUCUGGCUACCAAAGACAGUUGAACUACAAGCAUGCCGACGGUUCCUACAGCACCUUUGGAGAAUGGAACAACCAGCCCGGAGAUGUCUGGUUGACUGCUUUUGUGUUGAAAAGCUUUUCUCAAAUGAAGAGAUACAUCCCUGUGGAGGAACGACAACUGAUCGACGCUCAGACCUUUCUGGCCUUAAAGCAGAAAUCAAGUGGCUGCUUCCAAAGCACCGGGACCCUCCUGAACAAUGCGCUAAAGGGCGGAGUUGAUGACGAGAUCACUUUGUCAGCUUACAUCACCAUCGCUUUGCUGGAGAUGCCCUUGCCUGUCACGCAUUCUGUGGUGCGCAAUGCUUUGUUUUGCCUGGAGACCGCAUACCAGCAGAAAGAGCUCCCCGUCUACACCCAGGCCUUGUUCGGAUAUGCUUUUGCUUUGGCACACAAAGAAGAUAAAGUGGCAGCAAUACUGGAGAGUCUUCAGGGAAAAGCCGUGAAAGGAGACGACGGCACCCUUCACUGGGAGAGGCCCGUGAAGACAGAGGCAAAACAGCCUUCCUACUAUCAGCCUCUUGCUCCUUCCGCCGAGGUGGAAAUGACCUCCUACGUGCUCCUGACUUGCCUGAACAGGCAUCCAGCAAUAGCCAUCCUUGCCAAGGACAAUCUGGAAAUGAUCACCAAGAUUGUGAGAUGGCUUACCAGACAACAGAAUCCUUCCGGAGGAUUCUCUUCCACGCAGGACACCGUCGUGGCCCUCCAUGCCCUCUCCUUGUACGCAGCUAUGACUUUCUCCAAGAAUACAGCAGGCAGCAAAGUGGCCUUGAAGUCGGGUGGGAACAACGUGAAGGAAUUCCAUGUGGACAACGCCAACAGGCUCCUGUUUCAAUGCGAGGCCCUGCCCAGCGUGCCUGGAGAGUAUGCAGCAGUUGUGACUGGGGAAAGUUGCAUCUACGUGCAGACCACCUUGAAGUACAAUGUGCUCCCCCACCCAGAAGAUGAUCCAUUUGCACUGAUUGUCAACACAAUUCCCGAAACGUGUGUUGGGGUCAAGGCUCACAAGGAGUUCAACAUUGCAAUAAACGUCAGUUACAUCGGCCAGCGUCCAGCCUCCAACAUGGCGAUUAUUAAUAUCAAGAUGGUCUCUGGAUUUGCACCAAAUAAGCCAUCUGUGAAAAAGCUGGAAAAGCAGGCUCCGAUUCAGCGGGUAGAUAUAACAGCCACUAACGUGGUGCUGUAUUUGGAGAAGCUGACCAAUGCCACCGAGCAUAUCUCUUUCAUGGUGGAACGAAACUUUGAGAUCCAGAAUCAGAGGCCAGCCUUUGUGGAGGUGUUCGACUAUUACGUGGCUGAAUCGGCAGAGGUUUCAUACAGCGCCCCCUGCAGCACAGCUAACGUUGGGAAUGCAUGAAGAACAGAAUAGCUCUCCACCAUCUCAAGUCAGUCCCACUGCUGCUUUCCCUGAUGAGAAAACAAGAAGCAGAAAACAGCCACCCAAAGACCCAAGAAGAAGAAACCAGGUGCCCUCUGGGUGCCUUAAACUACCGCUUUAUGAGCCCCAAGGAAUUCGAGACACGCCACUGGCUUCACCUUCUCUCCAUUUGGGUCUCGAAAAAGAAACAUCUGGCAUUUGCUGUUGUCUUCUCUGAUGGUGUAAAGAACGAAACAAAUAAAUAAAUGUUUUGGAGUCCA